AUGCAGGCAUACGUCCUUUUGGUGAUAGUCGCACUCUUUGUGGGAGUGCAGCUCCUGGCAAAGAUCUAUCGCGGCUUCGCGGCCCCACUCGCAUCCGUCCCCGGCCCCUUCUUUGCGCGGUUCACGGACCUAUGGUACGCAUGGAGGAUUCAUCAGGGCCGCUUCGAGGUUGACAACAUUGAGCUGCACCGAAAAUAUGGCAAGUCGUCUUGUUGGAGGGGUUCUACUGGACAGAAACACAGUCUUGUCUCGAAGACUUUGUCAACUUGGAAGAAUCCAGUAUUCAGUAUCAAUGACCCACACGCAGCGAAGGUGAUCUACGGUCAUGGCCACGCAUUUUCAAAGUCUACGUGGUACGACACGUGGGGCGAUCCAAACCCGCAUCAAUGGUCUUUGUUCUCAGACCGAAACGAGAAGCGCCACAGCGAAAAUCGACGUCUCUAUCAAAGCAUGUACAGCAUGUCCUCCUUGGUGCACUACGAGAGCUACGUCGAUGAGUGUGCGGACUUGUUCUCCAGAAGGCUCUCAGAGAUGAGUGGCAGAGGAAAGACGGUAGAGCCUGUUGACAUGGGUCAUUGGUUCCAGUGUUAUGCAUUUGACGUGGUUGGUAUGAUCACCUAUUCCAAGAGACUUGGAUUCCUGGAUCGGGGUCUCGAUGUCGGAGCGGUGAUCAAGAAUCUCGAAAAUCACCUCUACUACGCGACUAUGGUAGGAGUAUAUUCAUACCUCCACUCCUACUUAGCACCAAUCAGGAGUCGGCUAGGUAAACGGGGUACUGGCAGGCAAUUCAUCGUCGAGUUCACCAAGGGUUGCUUGGCAGACCAUCAGGCAAAGCCCAAAGCAGUCGAUGCUGAGGAUACUUCGCAUCUCUCUGAACAGUCUGGCACAAUGGACUUUCUCUCCAAAUUUCUCGGAAAGCACUCCGAGGACUCAUCAACUUUCUCUCAGUACCAUGUUCUGGCGGGUUGUGUAUCAAACAUGGUUGCAGGCUCAGACACGACCGCCAUCAGCCUCAGCGCCAUUUUAUAUCAGCUUCUCCGGAAUCCUAAAGAGAUGAGCAAGCUGCAAAAAGAGAUUGACGAAUUCUAUUCCCAGAGAACUGGUGAUCCUCGACGACUAAACUUCCAGGAGAGUCUGAAGCUGCCAUACCUCCAGGCAGUCAUCAAAGAGGCAUUGAGAUUGCAUCCCGCGACUGGGCUUCCCCUCGAGAGAGUUGUUCCCGAAGGAGGAGCCACUAUUGCAGGGAAAUUCUUUCCAGCCGGGACCAUCGUGGGCAUCAACACUUGGGUUGAGCACCACCACCCGUCCAUCUUUGGCGAAGAUGCAGCCUCUUUUAGACCGGAUCGAUGGUUGAUCACGGAUACCGAUCGUUUGUCAGCGAUGAACAGACACUGGAUGCCGGUUCGAGUCAAUGCACGGCGAUCGCAGGUUGGUAAAGUUGGGGCUUCCUAG